AUGGUUUCAAAAAUCGCAGUCAUUGGUGCUAAUGGUAAAGUUGCCACUCAAUUAAUCAAAAAACUAGCAAAUCUCAAAACAGAAUUUGAACCAAUUGCAUUUAUUAGAAAUUCCUCUCAAGGUUCAAAAUUUGAUGACUUAGGUGUUAAAUAUUCUACAGAUAUUGACUUGGUUAACUCAAAUUUAUCUAAAAUAACUGAAUCUUUAAAAGGUUUUGAUGCUGUUAUAUUUAGUGCCGGUGCUGGUGGAAAGGGACUUGAUAAUACAUUUGCAGUGGAUCUUGAUGGUGCAGUUCGUGUAAGUGAAGCUGUUAAAUUAGCUAAAGUCAAAAGAUUCAUCCUAGUUAGUGCUAUAAAGUCUCAAGAUCGUGAUUUUUGGUGGGAUAAUUCUCUUAGAUCUUAUUAUAUUGCCAAAAAAUAUGCAGAUGAAAUCAUAUCAAGAGAUGAUGAUUUAAAUUGGACAAUUUUCCAACCAGGAUAUUUAACAGAUGAUGAAGGUAAAGGGAAAGUUGAAGAUCCAACAAAAGUCAAUGGGAUUGCUGAUAAAAUUGAUGAAAAAAAUGUUAAGAUCUCUAUUCCAAGACAAGAUGUUGCCCAAGCUAUUAUUGAAUCAUUAAGAGAUGAAUCAACAAUUAAGAAAUUUAUUCCUUUAGUUGAAGGUCAAUUUGAUAUUAAAGAUGCUUUCAAGAAAUUAUAA